CCUCCCCUGAAAACAAAAUGCCAACAGCCCGAGAAACAGGUUGAUCUAUUCAUAGAGCUUCACUCAUACUCAACUCCUAUUGACUCACUCUGUUUCACUUUGCUCUGUUUCAUACCAGUAACAGACCAGAUCACAAUGAGUAGUAUGGUUCAUCACCAGUCUCCCGUCAUUCCAGACCAGUUUCCUAUUUUAGGAAGUGGAAUGAACAGCAACAACAUGCUACCCACAUCACCAAAUUACUCCUUCGACGAAGGAGACAAUCGGUUCUGUCCAUGCGACGAGCGGUUGAUAAGUUAUUACUUGAUCCCCAAGAGGCUUGGAAAUGAAGAUCAAACCAUUCAAAUCCCAGAAGUCGACAUCUUGAACCACGAGCCGUGGGAUUUACUACCCACCGGUGGAGAGCAACGGUACAAAGAAGCACAUUAUUUCUGCCGCCGACGGAGCUACUUUACGAGCAAGGAUCGGUACAAAAGGACCACCGGAGGUGGUUACUGGAAACCGACCGGCAAACAUCGCGAAAUUAGGAGAGCAGCUGAUGGAGAAUUGAUCGGCAGCAAGAGGAGCCUGGUUUUCCAUUAUGGCAGGCCGGCCGGGCAAGCUACGGGCUACACUAUGCACGAGUACUCUGUUCCCAACUCUAUUGGGCAGACAACACUAAGAGAAGAUUUGGUUCUCUGCAAAAUCAUGAAGAAGAUUUCAAACCACAACAACAAAACUGAAACAACAGCAAGAAAGCUAAGUAAGAAGAGGAAGAAGGCGGCAAUUACGCCAAUAAUACCAUCCAACGAAAACAUCAACACUAUUACUCUGCCUCGGCAAGAAGAAGAAGAAGCUGGAUAUCAAAAUGCGUCCUUUGAAGAGGCAGUCAGCAAUGAUCAUGGCGGCACAAUGGAAUUGGCGCCCUUUCCGGAGAUACUGUUCCGCGACGGUGAUGAUCAUAGCCAGCUGCCUGAUUUUGAUUAUGAUUUCAAUUUUGAUAUUGAUUUUUACUCCGCGGUCAGAGAUAUACUGCCACCGCCGGAGCCGGAGUCCGAGUCGGAGCCUUAAUUGUGUGAGAUGGAGUCUGAUGAUCGGAGCCUUAAUUGGUUGUUAACUUAGCAUAUCUUGCAGCUGAUGAUCUAAGGCUUUUUUCUUGCGUUUACUGUUGUAUUAGUGUGAUAUUAAGCACAUUUAGCAGUACGCUAAUGUUGCUGUGUUGUAAUGAUUUCCUUUUAUCUUUCACCUUCUGCAUGUAUUAAGCUUUGUACUUCCUCUAAACUAUACUCGUUAGUUU